AUGAACAAGCUGCUGUUGAUAGCCCUUUUUGGAUUGGUGCUCGCUAUAGGCUUAGCGCUUUCGUUUGAUGAUGAUGAAAACAAUGAGGCCAGAGGCGAUUUAGAGAGGUAAAAUGAAACUUUUUUUCUUGGUAUUCUGUUUUGCCUUUGAUAAUACGAGUUUUUUUUUUUUUAAUGAACUUUAUAAAUUUGGAAUACGGUUUCGACAAAACUGAUAUUUGCUAAUCUAUUUGACCAAAGUGAGUUCUACUGGAAUGGUGAGGAAGAGGACGGAGACGAUGAGGAGCCAAAAGAGGAGAGGGAAACGAUAAAUGGCUACAGUGUUGAAGAAAAACAUGAUAAACCCUUAUCCGGUCCAAUGCAGAAAUCAGCCGAUCCGAUUCUACCUUUCAUAGGUUUGCGCCUACUGAGGCGAGCGUUUCGCCGUCGUCGUCGCCGCCGAAGACGGAGAUUUGGUUAAUUCAUCGAAAUUAGUCACAAGGACAGAGAUAAGGUGGCUUAAAACGGUAAGAGAACGAAGUGUAAGUUUUCGACGAAAAUAGUCUAAGACAGGAUUUGGGUGAGAUAAAGGCUUCGCUGAGUUUCUAACUAAGUUAUAAUAAUCGUCCAAAACUGUCUUUUAUAGGCGUUCUCUUGGGUAAUUCGUGUAUUGCUGCAACCACCGAACUGGGAAUUUAAAAUAAAAUUACAUCAUUUUUUUAUGCACGAACUUUAAAAAAUUGACAGUUACACUAAAUCUAACUUUUUGAAACUUUUGCCUGAAGCAUGGGAUCUUUAUCUUGCAGGCUUGAAAAGGAUCUUGUAAUCUGGAGGACACAAAGACCUUUUUCCUAUUGCUGAGUUUCUUUGCGUUUAUAUGAACAACGAG